UUUAUAUGUUAAAAGUGGUUGAAAAGCAUAACUGCAAAAUACUUUUCAUGGUGAAUUUGUAACCGUAGCGUCAUUAUGUGUUCAAUCAUAUUCACCGUGCUUGCGUGAGUGAAAAAACUGCAAUCUUUGAACGUGAUUGACGUUUGCAUUUAGACGCGAACAAGUAGAUAAAGUGCAAAGAGACAAAAAUUAGCAUUGACAAAAAAAAGAAAAUAAAUAAAAAAAAACGGAAAGGAGUAAAGGACUGAAAACGUCUAAAACUUGAAUAAAGUAAUUGGGAUUAUAAUAAAGCAUUCUCGCUAUACCAUUUUGCGAAAUUACGGCGACUGGCGUUGCAGUUUAAGGAAAAAUUGCACAACAUUAGGUCGAUGUUUAUGCGUAUACAGGAGCCGGCCAUUAAAACUUGGAAGCGCAUUACAAAUCUGGUGAAUACGCUUUGGAAUAGAUUAUAUCUACCUGCUUCGCCGUUUUUAGCGCUCACAUAUCCAUCUUCGCAGAUAAUAGCAUCUGAGAUGCCUAGGACACGUAGACGUCAUCAUUCCAACGAUCGUUCUUCGGGUGGUCAUAGAGAUAAGCGCAGAAGAGUGGACUCUGAAGAGGCGUCGCCUCUGCCAAAUGACGCCUCCUCACCGCCACGUGCCAGAUAUACACGUUCGGAUGCCAAAAAACGUCACCAUGAGUCGGACGUUAGUUCACGUGUCUCAAAGGACUCAUCGUAAGUUUGAAAUAACCGAAUAAUUCUAUUGAUUAUCGAUGCACAAUUCAACUGUAAGUUAGUGGCUUAUACGUAUAUAGUUCUUAAUAU